AUGGAUCCCCCAGCUAUGGACCCCAAUGUUUUGUCCUCAAGGUCGCGAAUUGCGAUCCUGGGUGCAGGAUCUGUCGGCUCCUCCAUCGCGCUAUGCCUUAUUCUGAAUCCUGUCGCGAGUGAAGUCAUCUUAGUAGAUCCCAAAGUCGAACUACGAGACGCUCAGGUCAAGGAUCUGGGCGAUGCCACGACUUACCACGGCGCUGUUGGUGGCGGAGGUGUCAAGAUUCGCAGCGGAACUCACAAAGAUGCUGGUCAAUGCGAUGUCAUUGUAAUCAGCGCGGGCGCAAAGCAGAGGCACGGGGAAUCACGUACCGACCUUCUAGGUCGCAAUCUCCAUAUCCUUCGUUCCGCCAUUAACGACAUGAAGCCUUUCCGAGAAGAUGCCGUCAUUCUCAUCGUCGCAAACCCCGUCGACGUCCUCACUUACUUCGCCAGAAAGUUCUCCGGCUUGCCUGAAGGACAGGUACUGGGCAGCGGGACCUUCCUGGACAGCGCCCGUCUCAGAGGUAUCUUGGCCGAAAAACUUGAUGUCGAUGCCGGGAGCGUCGACGGGUACGUGCUGGGCGAGCACGGUGAAACUCAAAUGGUGGCUUGGUCUUGCGUGACAAUCGGUGCCGUUCCCUUGGAGCAAUGUCUCCUACCGAACACAGUGCUCGACCGGAAGGCUAUUGCGAAGGAAACGCGAGAAAAGGCAGGCAAAAUUAUCCAAGCAAAGGGCGCAACCGCGUACGGCAUCGGCGCUCUCACUGGAAGUAUUUGCAAAUCGAUCCUGUUCGACCAGCGCAACGUUCGGCCGAUCUCCCACUGGAUCGAAGAGAUGGAGUGCUGUUUGAGCCUUCCGGUUGUGCUGGGACGCAAAGGGGUUCUGCGUACAUUGAGGAUGCCACUGAAUGAAGAGGAACAGGCGUCUUUGGCGGAGAGUGCAAGCGCAUUGAGAGGGUUCAUCAGCGAUGCGGAGAAGAUACCUUGA